UCCUCCUGCUCCUCCUUCCUUCUCUGAAUAGAGAGAGAGAGAGAGAGAGAGAGAGAGAGAGAGAAAGAAAUCAGACAACGAAGGAAGGAAGGAAGGGGGAAAAUUGAUAGAAAAGAUAAGAAGGAAAGGAUCGUAAAAAUCGGAGAGAGAGAUAGAGAUAGAUCAGAUCAGAUCUGUCGGUUGCGUGGGUUGGAAUGAUGUACGUGAGAGCGUUGCCGACGACGGACGUGAAUCGGAACACGGAGUGGUUCACGUAUCCAGGGGUGUGGACGACUUACAUCCUCAUCCUAUUCUUCUCAUGGCUCCUCGUUCUCUCCAUCUUCAAUUGUUCCCCUGGCAUGGCCUGGACCAUCGUCCACCUCGCCCAUUUCGCCGUUACGUAUCAUUUGUUUCACUGGAAGAAGGGAACACCGUUUGGGGAUGACCAGGGGGUCUACAAUAGGCUGACUUGGUGGGAACAGAUUGACAACGGCAAGCAACUCACUCGCAAUCGCAAGUUCCUCACUCUUGUUCCCGUUGUCUUGUACUUGAUAGCAUCGCACACUACAGACUAUCAAAAUCCCAUGCUGUUUCUGAACACGCUUGCUGUAUUUAUAAUGGUUGUUGCAAAGUUCCCGCACAUGCACAAGGUUCGCAUCUUUGGAAUCAAUGCCGAACAGUGAAAGCACCUUGAGCUAUGAGAUUUGUUGUGGUAAAUCAAUCUGAUCAUGAAUCCUUGAAGUAGAAAAUACAUAUGCCACUUUCGUCUUCUUCUUCUUUUCCUUAGAUUUUUCUUUUCCUUAUUUAUGUAAAAACCAAAUAAGUCAUUCAAGAGUGGGUUUGUAAGUCUGAACCCGUGAUUUAGUGAUUUUUCUUCAAAAA